ACCUGUCAUGGGAUCCUGUCAGAGAGAAUUCCUUGCGCAUUAUCCAUCUUAGUGGUUGCAGUCUUUAGGACCCAUACAGAAACGGCUGCAAAACCAACAUGAGGAAGUGACGCAUGGAUCGGCGAAAGCGGGUGUCAGAAGAGAGCUGUGGAGUAUGCGUCAGGGUGUCAGUCCAAACUUGUGGUAGAAUCAUGAGCCACCAAUGUGUAAGGAAGUCACCCAGCAUCCAAGGAAUUAUCCGUAUCAUCCCGAAGUUGCCCUGGUUUUCCUGCAAUGCAUUUAGGGCAGAAUAUCUCGCAACAAUCUUACAUGAGGUACGCUGGGUCUCGUUGUACCUACGCGUCGUGAGGAAAACUCGAGCAGCGCCAAUUGCCACAUGUGCUCUGUAUCAUAUUCCUGUUAUCAUGAAUAUCUUCGUGUCCACAUUGAUGCAGGUCGUCACGCUCAUCAUCGAGCACCUCCAUAGUAACGACUCGGACGGAGUACGAGUAAUGUCUUCGAAUGGUGGGGUGGCUGGAGACGCUGUCACGGUCGUGCAAGCCAGGGAGUACCAUGAAUACAGGACCAAGCCAAGAUCCCGGACGCAGGGGAACACUUCGAUGGGACUGUCCUUCACCCCAUCUCCUGGAUAUCACCUUUUCUUUGUGCAAGUGCGGCACCUACCACUUUUAAGCACUACAAUCUUUACGUUCUGCUGUGUUACUCGUAUUCGGGGGAUCACUAGGGUUACAAUGGCGAGAGCAUUUUCGCCUUGCUCCAGGGAGGGCACCACGUCAUUCUCAAGGAGGUAAUUUUCAAUGUUUGGGAGCUACAAGCUAUCACAGGUACAACUUCUCGUGGAUCUUUAUACUAACUACUGCAAGGAUUUACAUCCACCUUCCGUCGGGACCGGACGGCUUGCAUCUUUUCUGGUCACACCCUAUAUUCUCCACGAUUUAGCCACGUCUAUAGCCAGCUUCCAAAGAUCUC